AUGGGAAGUUUGCCUGUACAUCGAUGCACUCCUGCUCCUGCUUUCAAGCAUAGCGGUUUAGACUAUGGGGGACCUUUUAAAGUACGUGCCACAAAAGGACGUGGUGCUCGCAGCUUGAAAGGCUACGUCGCUCUUUUCGUAUGCCUCAGUACACGCGCAAUCCACUUAGAGCUGGUAAGCGAUAUGACCACGGAAGCGUUUUUGGCGGCACUUCGGAGAUUCUUUUCUCAACGAGGAUACUGCUCCGACUUAUACAGCGAUUGUGCCACAACUUUUGUUGGCGCCAACGCCUGUUUAAAAGAAGACCUCGUCGCAUUCCGAAAUCAACUCGAAGCAGGUGCACGAUCGGUUGCAGCCAAUAACAUAUCAUGGCAUUUCAUUCCGCCGGGGUCUCCAAACUUCGGAGGUGUAUGGGAAGCAGGCAUCAAAAGUAUGAAGCACCAUCUUCGACGUGUUAUCGGUGAUGCUCUGCUAACGUUUGAAGAGUUUUAUACCGUGUUAAAACAAAUUGAAGCUGUUUUAAAUUCAAGGCCCAUCUCGGCUAUAUCCGAUGAUCCAACGGACUUUACGGCUUUGACCCCUGGCCAUUUUUUGGUGGGCGGACCACUGAUUGCACUUCCUGAACCUAAUAUUUUGGAUAUAAAGGUGGGACGACUAACAAAAUGGAGGCAACUACAACAAAUGCAACAGGAUUUCUGGAAAAGGUGGAGUGCGGAAUAUUUGCACGAACUUCAGGCGCGUCACAAAUGGCAGAUCACAAAAGCUAACAUAAAAGUAGGUAACUUGGUGUUGGUUCGAGACGAGCGAGCUCCUCCUACGCAAUGGAUGUUGGGACGUGUUCUCGAAGUUCACGCUGGCGAUGACGCAGCGGUUCGAGUAGCCACCGUAAGAACCCAGUCUUCAAUCCUCAAGAGAGCAAUAUCGAAACUGGUAGUGCUUCCAAUAGAGACUGAGUCCGAAGAGUCAAACGGUGGGCGGUCACCCGUCGCAAACGAUAUUUCGUCGCAAAGGUUGGACGAGGUGGGCGGGAAAUGUUGA